GAGUUGACCUUCCUUAUAGCAUGCAACACGCUUGUGUGUUGCUGCCCUCUACGUUCGUUGUUGCAGACGUAGACUAGACGUACACUACAUACACUAUACAGUACACGCGACGAGUUUAAUCCAAGUUUGACGUACAUGUAUGUAGUGACCGACCAAACCCCGACGAUCGAUCAUAACAGGCAGAUUUCAGAAACCCAGCUUAAAUUCAACGAACUCAAAUCUUGGACUUGAAAUUGAAUAAUCAUGAAGUUGUCCGACCAAGUAAUGAGAAGCUAUCGUGUUGCGAAGCUUUUUAAAGACCAAAACACGGAACGGAUCAACAGCAUCGACUUCUCACACAACGGAGAAACGCUGAUAUCGAGCAGUGAAGACGAUUCCAUCGUAAUUUACGAUUGUUUAGAGGGAAAACCAAAGAGGACUCUGUAUAGCAAGAAAUAUGGCGUUGAUCUCAUCCGCUUUACACAUGCUCAGAAUACAGUCAUCUAUACAUCCAAUAAGGUUGAUGACACAAUUCGUUAUUUAUCUCUUCAUGAUAACAAAUAUUUGAGAUAUUUUCCAGGUCAUACAAAGAAGGUUGUUAGUUUGAGCAUGUCACCCAUCGAUGAUAGCUUUCUCUCUGGAUCAUUGGAUAAGACAAUCAGAUUAUGGGAUUUGAGAUCACCUAGUUGUCAGGGUUUGAUGCAUCUACAAGGCAGGCCAGUAGCAUCAUUUGAUCCAGAAGGUCUCAUCUUUGCUUGUGGAAUCAACUCAGAAAUGAUCAAACUGUAUGACUUAAGAUCCUUUGACAAGGGUCCUUUUACAACAUUCAAGCUGCUUCAAGAUAGAGAUUGUGAUUGGACAUCACUUAAGUUUAGUGCUGAUGGAAGGAAGAUACUCAUUACAACCAAUGGACCUGUUAUUAGACUCAUAGAUGCAUUUACAGGACAGGCACAACAAACUUUCAUGGGUCAUCUGAAUGGUAAAGGAGCAAGGUUAGAGGCAUCAUUUAGUCCAGAUGCACAGUAUGUCUUAUCAGGAUCACAGAAUGGUAUCAUACAUGUAUGGAACACAGAGAAUGGACACAAAGUAGCCACACUGGAAUCCAAACAUGAAGAUAAUCCUAUCUACUGUCUGCAAUUCAACCCUAAAUUCCUCAUGCUUGCCAGCUCAUCGCAACAUAUGUCUUUCUGGUUGCCAAACGUUGAUGAAUGACACAGGAAAGAAUAUUUAGUAAAUGAACAAGGACCAAAGUUUCAGACAUUCAAAUAUUUGUACAUAGAACAAAUGGAAUGUUCUUUGGAAUGUGUAUAUAUUAUCACCUUGAUAGUAUGAUUUCAUGAUGGACAAUAAACUCAUUGAAGAUCAAGAUAAAGAGGAACUGUGAAAGCUUGUAUUGAGGAUGUCUGUUAUAAUGAUGGACAAAGUGAUUAUUGAUUCUGAAUGGAAAGAUCUGGUCAUAUUUAAUUGCUGUCUGAACAUAAGCUGAUCAUCUGUGUGGAUAUCUGCCAAGUGAUAUGGAGCAGAGCUUGAAUACUUUUGUAAUGGUCUAAACACAACCAGCUGAUUGUGUUGUCAUGAAUAAUUUUGUGAUCAACAUGUGAUCAUUACAAUGACUUGAAAUCUGAGUCUAUCUGUAAGUGAACUGCUUCUUACUCUUGUGAGUGUUUCAUAAAGCUGUUUGUAAGUUUAGAGCGACUUUAAGAAUGACUGGUGAUCCUUUCUUGUGGUAAAUGGUAUAUGGUUUUUAGCACAUAGGAGAGGUUCACCUGUCAUUCUUAAAGUCUCUUUAACUUAAGAACAGCUUUAUGAAACGGCUCCCAGGAUGGGUGCCUAAAUAACCAGCGCUGAACUUAUUUACUUUUUAUAGCAGUUCAAGGAGAAUGAGCUAAUAAGUGUAACUUGUUUGUAUACUAUUUGGAAUUUAAUUGAACUGAUUGUUUUUCCCUUAUAUCGAUGAAAUUAAAUAAGUUUUUGUCUGAUAAUAGAGGGUUUUAGGAGCAGUGAACGUGAACGACGUAGCAGUCCUCUGAUCCUUCGAGUCAACGUCGUCGUCUGCCCUUGUUCACUACAGAUGCGAAUACUUUAGAUUUCACUCGACUUGUACGUGUACGUACGUCCACAUGAAACAGCGCGAUAACCAGCAGGUCAUGACACGCUGCCCGACCCGGAAGAUCUGGCGCACCAUCGCCUGGCGACCCGGUCGGGUGAUGCGAACGUGCAACUUGUGCACAUGUGCCCUUUCACUUGCUUUGAUUCCUUUUUACGCGAGUUAGGAUAUAUUUCGAUGUAUAUUUUGGAGAUCAGAAAGCAAUUUCAAAUAUGAUAAACAUAAUUCAUCGUACAACUUACAUUAAUUUUGUGAAAAGUCGCUGAAAACUGUGUUUUAAAAGGGAAAGGUUGAUCUUCAUGCUGGGCUUGAACGGUUAAAAUGACGUCACUCACAUGCACGUCGUCUAUGAUUUAGGAGAACCGCAAAAUGGAUGUGGCGAGGUUCUCGAUUUUGAGAGUGGACGUGUGUGAGGACGUGAGGCAUAUGGCAGGUCAAAAAAUGACGUCAUUUCGUACCAGUUCACUAUGUGGACGUACAUUUCUAAAAGUGCUCAAUGCUAGUUUCCUGGCACAGAGAGUUAACAACAACACACCUUAACCAGGUGGUGUAUGAAGACACAAAAUUAGUUUUUUCACAAAGCUGUUCGUUAAUUAUGCAUGACUUUGCGCACAAGUGGAACAUUUAUCGGUCUCUUGGGUGCAAAAUCAGAUUCUCAAUCAAUUCUUAUUUCCAUCAGCUAAAGUUUAAAUCUGAUUUUUGUCUCGCCUGCAUAGCAGAGGGAGACUUAGGCGCCGUUUUUCCCAUGGGGGCGGAGUCAACAUCAAAUCUUAACCUAAGGUUAACAUUUUGAAAUGGCAUCAAAACUUAGAAAGUAUAUGGACCUAGUUCAUGAAACUAUAAGGGUAAUCGGUAAUCAAGUAUUACUAAAGAUCCUACUUUGGUUUCAAUAAACUUAGAUCAUGUUUGCAGACCUGCCAACCAGUACGUUUUAGCUGUAUUUAGUACGUUUUUGCAGUACGUUUUUUCUUUGAAAAAUACUUUUUUUUUUAUUUUUUUACUAAAUCGUCAUUUAUUGAGAAAAAUAAUCUGUAUAUGUCUCUGUUUCAUAAAACGUACACAAAUAUGGUUAAUAGAUCAAUGUAAUUUCAGGUAACUUUUUUUUUCAAUCAUUUUGUUAAAACCAGUGUGAAGAUAUACACAUGUUUUAAUGUUUUUUUUUUUCAUCUGCAAGAGCAGUGGGCAUUUUAGCUUGCAUGCUGCUUGAGCGCCGCGAUGAGCGAGUGCGCCAAGCAUUUUAUUAUGAAAUACACUUUUUUAUCACAGAAUACAGUUUUUCAUUCCUAGAGGAUGGCAGGUCUGUGUUUGGGGAAUCAAUAUAAAAUCUUAACCUAUGGUUAAGUUUUUGAAAUGUUAUAACUUUGAAAAAAAUAUGGACCUAGUUCAUGAAACUUACACAUAAGGGCAAUGGAGUAUUAUUGAAAAUCCUGCCUGAGUUUCAGGUCACAUGACCGAGGUCAAAGAUCAUUUAGCGUCAAUGAACUUUGGGCAUGUUAGGGGUAUUUGUUGAAUUUCCAUCGUAACUUAAAAUUUUAAUGGACCUAGUUCAUAAAACUUGGAUGGACAUAAGGGUAAUCAAGUAUUACUGAACAUCCUGCCCUAGUUUCAGGUCACAUGACCAAAGUCACAGGUCAUUUAGGGUCAAUGAACUUUGGCCAUGUUGGGGAUAUCUGUUGAUUUCUAUCAUAACUUGAAAAGUUAUAGAUCUGGUUCAUGAAACUUGGACAUAAGAUUAAUCAAGUAUCACUGAACAUCCUUUGUGAGUUUCAGGUCACAUGAACAAGGUCAAAUGUCAUUUAGGGUCAUUGAACUUAGGGGAAUCAAAACAAAAUCUUAACCAAAGUUCAGUAUUUUAAAUUUCAUAACUCUUAAAAGUGUAUGGAUCUAGAUAAUGAAGUUUGGACAUAAGGGUAAUCAAGUAUUACUUAACAUCCUGCCUGAGUUUCAUGUCACAUGACCAAGGUAAUUGAACUUUAGCUGUGUUGGAGGUAAUGUUGAAUUGUCAUAACUUUGAAAGCUUAUGGAUCUAGUUAAUAAAACUUAAACAUAAGAGUAAUCAAGUAUCAUUGAACAUCCUGUGCAAGUUUCAGGUCACAUGAACAAAGUCAAAGGUCAUUUAGAGUCAAUGAACUUGGGUCAUGUUAGGGGUAAUUGUUGAAUUGGCAUCAUGACUUAGAAAGUUUAUGGAUCUAAUUCAUGAAACAUAGACAUAAGGGUAAUCAAGUAUAAAUGAUUGUUUUGCACACAUCUUAGAUCACAUGAUCAUGGUCAAAGGUCCUUUUGGGUCAAUGGACAUGGUAUUUUAUUAUCAUAUGAAUGUUUUCUUUUGUGAAUAAUUAUUCAAGCUGUUUUGAAAGUCGGCACUGCUGCUAUAUCGAAUUGCAUAAUGCAGGCGAGACUGCCAGAGGCGUUCCACUUGUUGUAGAUUGAAUUCUUUUUAACAAGCAUCUUAAUGCAUAGUUAAUUAUUUGUUAGAAUUUUAUAGGGUAUAGGAAAUUCAGUACCACCAUGUUGAAACACAAGAAAAUGUGGGAUUUCUCGUAAGAUCACUCACAAGAAUGAGUCACCAGUUCUGUCCAUAAUCAUACACAAGUUUGUAACUUAUGAAAAGCUUUAUGAAAAAUCUGCAGUUGAGCUGAAAAUAUUUUCAAGACAUUAUGUAUGUUUGGCAUUGUUUGCCAAAGAAUCUGUUGAUAUGUUGUAUGCAUUACAGUGAUGAAUUAAAAGCUGAGGUAUUUAAAGCUGUACACUUGCACGAGAUUAUGUUUACAUUAAAUUACAAAGAAGUUCCCGUAUUUCGAUGCCCAAAAGAAAGGUUUAGUAAUUCAUGUUGCAGGUUGUGCUAUUAUUGCUUGCAUUAUUAGUGUAAGAUUGACACUUCUCGUCUUAUAUCCUGCCUGCUUGAUGCAAUGGCAGAACUUUGACCAAAGUUUAAAGGCAUAGGCUAUUACAUGCUAUCAUAGGUCCUAUCAAAAUUAAAAGAAAUGUUUUUGAUUCAUGUAUUUAAUAUUGUUCAUAUGGAUUUUUAGAAUACACCGAGGAAGAGAAAGAAAAACAUUAAAUUUGUGCAGAGACUUUCAAGAAAUCUGUGACUGAAAAAUUAAUUAUCAUAAUACUUUUUCUCCUGGAGAGAUUAAUAUAACACAUGUUGUGUAUGGGAUGAAAUUAAAAUGGUUGUUUGGUCACUUUAUAUUGCAUCUUUUUUAAGCUCAAAGCGUUGUUGUUUCUAGGCUUCCUUUUUAUAACAUAUCACAGACAACGGUGACGAGUGGGACCUUACAGCAGUUAGAUUUUUUAAGUCAAAUCUAUUUUAACCUAUGCCUUUAGCCAGUUUUGCGGCUGACAGUUGAGUUUAUACACAUACAUCAUGUAAAUGUCCCUUGUAUUUAUACAUGUGUUGACAUAUUAAUGAAGAAAAUGGGUUUACUAUUAUUGUCUUGAGCCUCUAAUAAAGUUCAGCAUGUAUUUGUACUGCAAUAA